AUGUGCCUGGGUAGUCGUGUUGGCAGUCGGGGCUCAGAGGUUUGGGGUACUAAGCGUGCUGGCAAGCCAAGGUGGAUGGCGCAGGGUUGGGCUGGGUUCUCUGAGGAGGAGCUGAGGCGACUAAAGCAGACUAAAGAUCCGUUUGAACCACAGCGGCGUCUCCCUGGGAAGAAAAGUCGACAACAACUUCAGCGAGAAAGAGCCCUUCAAGAGCAAAGUCAAAAAUUUGGACUUCAAGAUGGGUCAACCUCAUUACCUCCAGAGCAGCUGCUUUCUGCACCAAAACAAAGAUUUAAUACUCAGAGACCAAGUUCUUCUCUUCCUACUCCCCUUACGCUCACCUCUCCUGUUGGUGAUGGAAAACCACAGGGUACUGAAAGUCAACAAAAGGAACUGGGGCUUAAGAACGCCCAUGAAGUUCACAAAAAUGCUGAGGUUCUGCCUCCAAAACCAGAUUGCCAGUUGGAAAAAAGGAAAGUGGAAUUGCAAGAAAAAUCUCGUUGGGAAGUCCUCCAGCAAGAACAGCGGCUAAUGGAAGAGAAGAAUAAACGUAAGAAAGCUCUUUUGGCUAAAGCUAUUGCAGAAAGAUCUAAAAGAACUCAGGCAGAAACCAUGAAACUGAAGAGGAUCCAGAAGGAGUUACAGGCUUUAGAUGACAUGGUGUCAGCUGACAUUGGAAUCCUCAGGAACCGGAUUGAUCAGGCCAGCCUCGACUAUUCGUAUGCUCGGAAGCGGUUUGACAGGGCUGAAGCGGAGUACGUGACAGCAAAGCUAGAGCUGCAGCGCAAGACUGAGCUUAAAGAGCAGCUCACUGAACACCUUUGUACGAUCAUCCAGCAGAACGAGCUCCGCAAGGCCAAGAAGCUGGAGGAGUUGAUGCAACAGCUGGAUGUGCACGCCGACGAGGAGACUUUGGAGCUCGAGGUGGAGGUGGAGAGACUGCUGUGUGAGCAAGAAGCAGAAGCAAGGAAACAAGUGGUUCAUUUAGAGAGGUCCUGUCAGCCUUCUGGGGGGAGCGCGACCUUAGAGUUGGCUAAAGAGAACAAACAGCCUCAAGACCAGGCUGCUUCCCCAAAGGUAGACAAACAGGGGGAAAACUCCAAUAGCAUUGCCCUUCUUGACCCAGAACGGCCAAACCAAGAGGUUGAAACUGCCGUAAAAGACAUUUCAGCUUCUCUCAUCACGUGA